AUGGCUUAUUAUAAUAAAAAAUUUAAUAACCGGAAUUCAACAUUCCAAAAUAUUCCACCGCCACCCCCGCCACCAAGCUUUUAUAUACCCCCUGCGGUCACUGAUGAACAGUUUGUGAAACAAUUCGAGAGGUUAGACACUAAAGUUUCUAGAAAAACCGUUUCUAUUUCUGAAAUAAGGGAGAAAAUACGAGGUCUGGUGCUAACUGUAAAUGAGUUAAAAGAAAAGCAAAAAGUUAUGGCUGAAAAGAUAAGCAUUUUGUCUGAUGAAGUAUGGAGUUCUACAGUUAGAGAAAUGAAUGAAAACCAAUUAAAAAUUGAUGAAACUUUGUCUGUUUUGAAUGAUUUUUGUUUGGAAAAUAUGAGGAAAGCCUUGGCUAAGAGAUCUACGAAGAGAUGGAGAUUGAAACGGUUAAACAAUGAGAGGAAGAAGGAAAUUGAAGAAAUGGUCAAAGAGAGGGAAGAGAGGUCACGGAAAAUUGACGAGAAUCUACAGAAAAUCAAGGAUGAUAUCAUCAAAGUCAAACUGGAUGAAGAGGCUAAGCUAGCAGCGGACAGCAUUCUCCGAGAUACUCUCCGUAAGAAGCAUGAUGCGAGGAAGUGUAUUGUCAAGCUGGAAGCCCUGAUGAGACUGCGGAGGGCAAGGCAGAACACUGCCAGGGGACGCGGGGAGCUCUGCUCGGAGACUGAUGAGGCAGAUUUUAACAACAAUAUUGAAAAACUAAUAUCUCUCUGGAAGGCCAAGCUCUCUAACUACGAACAAGAGGAACAGUUGCUCCGUGACCAACUGAAGGAGUCUCAGCCAGUUGUGGACAAACUGGAGGGAGUUGUGGACACGCUGAGGAUGUGGAAGGAUGUCAUGUUCGGUGGAGAACCGCAGUUUGACUUUGGAGGAGAUGUUGGUGGAUUUCUGGCAGUCAGGGCUCAAUGGGAUCAGUAUAUCAGCAACGACGGAACAUCGCUCCCUAUCGGGUGGGUCGUUCCAGACUCUACCAUCAAAACGUAGUGCUUCAAAUUAACUUUAGUAUAUAUUACCUAUUCUUUCUUUAAUUAUUGCGAGAUGGUUUUUACAUGCGAAAUAGUCAGUACCUCACGGACCUAAGAUGAACUUCUAGAGCCCCUGAGGCGUAUAUUUUGGAUUUGGCCUCGAGCCAGUUUUGCCGGUCAUGACCCCCCAUGUAAUUAUGUAGACUUUCGCAUUAAGGGAACAAUUUUAAAUUAAAAUUCAAAAUGUGGCCUACACGCCAAUACCUCUACUAGUAAAUAACGAAAAUAAACCUUAUCUGUCAGGAGGACAAUUGCUUUGACAGCGUCCGCCAUAGCAACUUUAGGCGUUACUGACGUCAUGGCGUGGGUACGACAGCACUCGACGCCUUUUUAGGCGUUCUUAGCGGUCAAAGGGUUACAAUGAUGUGUCUGUGGUGAAAGUAUAUCAUUUGAAGAUUUUGAAGCACCAUCAAUGCUUUGCUUAUUUAUCGUUUAAAAUCACAAAUUGUUAAUUACUCUAUUGCUGAUGAUUUAUUUGCUAUGAUGUGGCCUUAAUUUUAUUCAAUAAACGUAUUUUUAAUGCUUUUUUA